UGGCAGGAAGUUAGCAAGCGGCUAACAGGAAGCUGAAUAAUGAGCGCACGUUGAGGCGCAGGAAUUGGCAAAGAGCAUCGAGUCCAAACAUUGCUCUUUACACUCGUUACUACUGCUCCUAAUACAGGAGAAACAAGCAGUGGGCCGCCUACGUAUGAAGACAAGUCCGAGACAGCUAUGUCUUCAGCGGUGGAUCUCAAGACCAAAGAGGAAAAGGACGCAGAGUUGGACCGAAGAAUCGAAGCUCUAAGGAAGAAGAAUGAAGCUCUGGUCAAGAGGUACCAGGAAAUCGAGGAAGACAAGAAGAAGGCAGAGCAGGAGGGCAUCGCCGUGACAACACCCCGGAAGCCCCGCCCCCAUGAGCCGGAGACGGACAAGAGGAAGACUGAGAAAGAGAACUUCACUGUCACAGUUGACCUUUCUAAGCAGACGGGGGACAAAAGAGUUGUGAACGACUGGAAACCUGGAACGCCCCGCGGGCGUAAGACAUCAGAAGAGAGUGAUGGCCACCGCGGCGGGCCCAACGACGGGGGCCACCGCGGCGGGCCCAACGACGGGGGCCACCGCGGCGGGCCCAACGACGGGGGCCACCGCGGCGGGCCCAACGACGGGGGCCACCGCGGCGGGCCCAACGACGGGGGCCACCGCGGCGGGGCGAUGGAUAGUGGCAGGUGGUCGAACGACUGUAGCCAACGAGGAGGACCGAGUGAUAGCCACAGCCCCCCAAGGAGGGCGGGGUCGGGAAGAAUGGGUCGGGGAGGUCAGAGAGGAGGAGGAGGAGGUCGCCAGGAGAGAAGAGAAUGGGAACCUCGGACCCCUAAAGAUGGAGAACCUGGGGAGUCGGGUGGAUCAGGACGCAGAGGAGGGAGGAGAGGAAGAGGAAGAGGAGGCGGAGGCACUGGAGGAGGUGGUGGAGAAGGAGAAGCAGCAGAAGGAGGAGUGGGGACUCCAGGUGGUGCACCAGGUGGGGCUGACAGGAAAUCCAAGGAAUGGGAGGAGAAGAGGCGACAAAACAUUGAGAAGAUGAAUGAAGAGAUGGAGCAAAUAGCCGAGUAUGAGAAAGGACAGCGGCCGGAUGGAGACAAGCCGCUCCGUAACUUCCUGGACGACCCGAGACGUUCAGGCCCGGCACCUGACAUGGACCGCAAAGAGGGCAGCAGGAGACAUGUACGGAACUGGGGAGGGCUGGACUUUGACAACGUGAAGACGAGAGCUGAACUGGAGAAGGAGUGGACUAGUCGAAGGCCUGGACCAAAAGGCUCCACGGACAUGACCAUGUCCAUGACCGGCCGGGAGAGAGCCGAGUACCUGAGCUGGAAGAAGGAGCGCGAGCAGAUUGACGAGGACAGACUAGCACGCCAUCGUAACGCCACGGGCCAGUGGAGACGGGAGUGGGACGCACAGAAGACUGAGAACAUGUUCAAGGAGGACCAAUAUGUCUCCUCAGAGGGCACCGCACUCGAGCAACCCAGCAGGAGAGCCCGGGGGCGUAACUUUCGCACAGAUCCUCGGGGCAGGGCCUCAGAUGACAACAAGCGGCCUCCGAAGACUCCGACAUUCGGUGACUUCCUGUCUCAGGGCAGGAGCCCGGGCCAGCGAGGCGAGCAGGGAGGAGGGAGGGGCCGAGGGCCGAGGCCGACCUAUAGCAUGCAUGAUAACCGCUGGGAAGGAGACAAGGAGGAAGAGAAGGAGAAGAAGGAUGACGACGACAAGACGAAGAGAGAGAAGACUAAAAAGAAGAAAAAGGAAGAAAAAGCCAAACCAUCGACAGUGCAGAAGGCGGAGCCAAAGAACGCAACUGGAGAGGAUGACGAUGACGAAGAAUGGGAGGAUGCCAGCGACGGAGAAGAAGAUGGCGAAGGGAGCGAUUUGGAGCACAACUCCAGGGGCGAUGAGAAGAAAGACACCGGGAGGGAGAAAGCAGCCAAGGUCAAAGACGACUCCCCUACAUCUCCCCCACCUCGCUCUCGGCCGACGUCGGCAGAAAGCCCCAAGGAUCAGAGGCCCCCCCGGCCGAAGGUCCACAUACCGCCUCCGGCAGCAGUUCAUGAUUCCCCCGAGGGGGCAAAGCCCCUCAGCCCCUUCUUCCCUCUGGAGAGCCACCAGCCUGUAUCGGACUGGGGGGAGGAGAUGGAGAUGCUGUCACCCCGCAGCAGCAUGGGAGGCGAGAGCCCACUGAAGCCCCCCAGCGUGGAGUCCAGCCCACCCCAGAAGAAGGAAGAGGAGGAAAGAAAAGAGGAGGAGGAGGACGUGGGGGAAAGAAAAACUGAGGUGGAGGAAAGAAAAGAGGAGGAGGAGGAGGAGGUGGUGGGGGAAAGAGAAACUGAGGAGGAGAAGGAGGAAAGAAAAGAGGAGCAGCAGCAGGAGGAGGGGGAAAGAAAAAAGGAGGAGGAGGAGGAAAGAAAAGAGGAGGAGGAGGCGGCGGCGGAAAUAGAGAGCAAAGAUGUCGGCUCCAAAGAACCUGCUGAGCCACAGGAAGAAGUGGAUGCGGAUGUCUCCUGUCCUCUACAAAGGACCGAAGCCCAGCAGACUGUGAUAUUGUCCGAGCCAGAGGCCGUCCCCACUGACUCUCCCGUUGCGCCUCCAUCUGACGCUGCCCCCUCAGAGGUUUCUUGCCCCGCCCACUCUGAGGUCACUGAGGCUUCCGUGACGGUGGACCAGAAUACACCCGCUGCUCCUCCACAAGAGGAGCAACUGGACACGCCACCUUCAUCCGCCGCCCCGCAGGACGGCGAUGGCUCCUCCGAACCGGAAGGAGAGAAAGAUGACGACGCGGCUGCCGCUGCUUGCACAGCAAAGGAGGUCGAGUCCUCGGAGCAGACGUCUUCGGACAUUGGUACACUCAUCCAGCGUUUCCCCAGUUGUUGGAUCUGUCACGGGCCUCCAACAACCAAACCAAGACCCCACUUCCUGUUUGAAACCGUAGUGGUUAUCCUGCUGGUCUGCAAUAACUCCACGUCCUGCUGACGGGGACGAGGAGACUCCCUUCUGCUGCGGACGGAGAGAGAUGGGUGAAGAGCACCACGCUGCUCGUCAUUGGAGUGACAUCUAAAGGACAAACCAAAAACGGAGCAUCACGAGGAGGGACUGAGCACCGCUGGCCUCGUUUGGCCGCUCUGCUCUGUCGUUUGGAUCCGCGGGUCUGAUCAGCUCUGUCUUCACCCAUACUCGCUCUGUGAAGUAUGGAGACGUGAAAAGUGAAAUCUCCUUCAUUGGCUUUAUUUUUAGUUCUCGCUGUCGGAGGUUGAGGUUUUCUGCAAUUUGAACUUGAUCUGACUUUGUCCACAUGUGGAUGUGUUUUCACGCAACUUAAGAAACCUGACUUGUACAAUGUUAGAACUUCACUAUAUCUCUCAAUGAGCUUGUUUUCCCUCUCAGAUGUUAAGUUUCUGAAUCGGAGCCUUGAAGCUGACCCAUCGGUGGGCCAUAGAAAAUGUUUGGUGGCUUGGUUUGUAAAAGGCUGAGAAGUGUUCAUUUCUUUUUUCCCCCCACAUACCGCUCCGCUUUCUCAGGAACAGAACAAAUGUGGCUAAUUUAUUUUUACAUGUAGUUUGGGUUUCAUCUAAUGACUUAGCAGAUAAUUCAUCUCUCCCUUCAUUCUGGUUGUAAACACAUCUGACUUUGGUUGACAAGUUCACUGAACACCUGUUGUGUGUGUGUGUGUGUGCAUGUGCGCGUGCGUGCGCGUGUACUUUUUAACUCUCCUUCCUCGUUGAAACGGUGCAAGAUUACCCAUAAUCCAACUUCACUGCUGGCAUGUGGCAUUGCUUGAUGCAGGCAGUUACUCUCCACCUUCAUGAUGAGAACCGUGACGGUGUCCCUUGGAUAAGCCCCGCCCCAUGGAGCCCAGGCGCCAACGCCACUCCCUAUCGAAUGAAUCUAAUUGUUGGGGAGAGAAAAAAAAUAUAUAUAUUUCAGAGAAGCAGAGGAGCUACAAUAUGUGACGAAGAGGAAAAUACCUUUUGCGAUUUUACUGUUUUUAAAUUUUUUUUUUUUUAACUUACUCAAUUGGUUCCUUUUUUUUUAUUAGUCAUUAAAUACAUGAUAGCAUGUGUCAUUAUACCCUAAGUAGCUGGCAUUGCAUAGCCGUGUCAACAUCAUGCUCCCUGCUAAUGUUAGGAACGUAUCUCCUUCAAACCUCCCUCCGAGCAUCGCUAUUAUGCAACCUUUUAACAAUCGUUUCCUGCAUUAGUUUCUUGAUGAUGAAAGUACAUUUUCAUAUCCGACCCACAAGCUGUUCAUUUUUAAUUUUUUUCUAAAGACAUCUGGACACACUAAAGAUCCAUCAAAGCUACGAGUCCUUCAUCCCGACAUGAACUUCACUGCAGGUACAUCUGCAUGCUUUAAGUGUACUUUAUGUUCCGAGCCAGCUGUGCAGGCCUGCUGUUGCGAUGAGGCAUCAAGUUAUUUAGCCCAAGAUUCUGCUCUGAAUGACUUCAAGGAUCAAGUGCGUUGCUUGAGCGCACUUUGACUGAGCGGCAUGUUACCGCCUCGUCUCAAAUUAUAAAAAUACCAAUUCUUUACUUUAAGGCGGUGGUUUGUUUGCUGUUUUUAUAUUUGUAAUUGUGUGUCUCAAUCGAAACAUACAUUUUCCCAUGCGCAUUCAUUUUGUGAAUAAUCGGUUCUACAGUGAGAUCUGUUCAUAUUUGUAUUCAAGAGACAACUUGUCUCUUCAUUGCUUUUUAAAUCAAGGGCCUCAUUCCAACAUGGCGUCAGGGCAAACUACGUUUUUCUUUUUGUUAUAGUUCUUUGAAAAAACCUUUUUUAGUGGGCAUAAUUGUCUCUUAUUUGGAAAGACCGACUUGCAUUAAAUUGAACAGUAAAAUGAAUUACUUAAGGAGUGAACAGUUCAUUGUGGAAUGACAGCCUUCAUUCAUACCUCAGGAGACUACGGGCUUUUAGUUUGCUUUUUUAUGCAAAGUCUUUGAAUCUGUGGACCCUGAAAUUAACAGGUUGCUUUAAUGAUUUUUUUUUGUAUUCGAGAAAUUAUAAUGAUGCUUUUGGAUUGAAAGGAACUGCAAUAUGUACAGUUUUUAAAUGUAAAGGAACAUUCCACCGGUGGGUUGUUGUUGCUUGUGAGCUAGGAUUUUUUUUUUGUUCUCCCUUUUUUUUUUGAGCUUCAAUGGCAGAAUUGAACUAAGGCAGAGUAUAUUUCACUAUACAUCUCUUCAAUGUCUUCCUGAUUGAUGCAUGAAAUUGCUGAGAACGAAUUGGCCUGUUGGGAAUCGAGGCGUGCAGCGGUUUUCAUAAAGAUUAUCAGGACCAGCGUGAAUCCAAAAUGAUGAAAUAAAUGUACCUGAUAAUUGUACCAUCAUGAAAUGUAAAGCAUCAGUGUUUAUUCUUUUCGCCAAUAAAUGUUCUCUGAUUUCUGAA